CCGCUUCUCUCCCGCUUCUUCCCCUGGAGCUCACAGCGGCAUCACGGCAUCACGGUGCCCCGACUCUGCGCCUCUCUUCCCCGGCCUGACGGGCCACGACGAGCCGCUGACAGCAAGGACACGGAGCGGGUGCCGCUCAGGAUGAUGGAUGUAACUCCGGUACCGACUAACGGACAAGGAGCCCGGUGGACUCGGCGGAGGGGCAGCAGGGACCUCUGAGCCUCCUACGGAGGAUUCUGGCGCACCGACGUUGUUUUCUUGAAUUUUAAUCUCUUUUUUUCUACAAUGUCACCAUCAAGGAGACGCGGCUGAGGCACCGGCUCCUCCUCUCGGAUCUCCGCGGACCGUCAUCCUCCUCUGCGGUUCUAACGGUUUUAGCUAACGUUAGCUCCGGUAUGAGCAGAACCGGACCUCCCCGUCAGAUCUGACCGGGGGUUUUGGGGGGUCGGCGGCGGGGUGCCGGUGGGGACACGUUUGGGUUUUUGGAUGAGAACCGGAUUCCGUGCGGAGGGACGCCGGACGGAGCGGAGGAGGAGGCGGAGGGAGGAGCAGCAGCAGCGCAGCAGCAGCUGCGGGGAACCGAAUUGACAACCUCAUCCCCGGAGGGAGAGACGCAGCGAGGCGGCCAGAGGAGGAUGUGAAGAUGGGUUUAGUUUUCGGUCUCCUGUGGCUGUUUACGGGCUUCCUGCAGGGCGUGCACGGCCAGGGCGUGUACGCGCCCCCUACUGUGCGCAUCGUGCACUCAGGUCAGACGUGUAACGUGGAGGAGGAGCGCUACAGCGAGAGAGUUUACACCAUCAGAGAGGGCGAGACUCUGGAGCUGCAGUGUCUGGUGACAGGACACCCCCGACCUCAGAUCCGUUGGACGAAGACGGCGGGCGGAGCCUCGGACCGUCAGGGCGACUCCUCGCUGCUCAACGAAACUCUGAAGAUCGAUAACAUCAGCCGCCACCAGGGGGGGCGCUACUACUGCAAGGCAGACAACGGACUGGGAUCCCCCGCCAUCCGGUCCAUACGGGUCGACGUCUACUACCUGGACGACCCGGUGAUAACGGUGCAUCAGAGCGUCGGCGAGGCGAAGGAGCACUUCUACUUUGAGAGGACGGUGUUUCUCCGCUGCGUCGCCAACUCCAACCCACCCGUUCACUACACCUGGAGGAGAGGCCGGGAGGCGCUGACGCAAGGCUCCGACUCCGGGGUGGAGAUCUACGAACCGUUUUUCACCCAGGGUGAGACGAAGAUCCUGAAGCUGAAGAACCUUCGUCCUCAGGAUUACGCCGACUACACCUGCAUCGCCUCCGUAAGGAACGUCUGCGGCAUCGGAGACAAGACCGCCCACUUCCGCCUGAACAACAGGACAGCUCCUCCCUCCAUUAAGCUCCUCCUGGACGACCCCCUCGUGGUGAACCCGGGGGAGACGAUCACUCUGGUGUGCGUGGCGUCGGGCGGAGACCCUCAGCCCACCCUGAGCUGGGUGAGACCGGGAGGGGAGGAGCUACCGAAGAGGAGCGUUGUCAGCAGGGGCACGCUGACCAUCCCCGUCGUCACCGUGGACGACGGUGGCGCCUACAGCUGCGUGGCGUCCAACAGCGUGGGCAACCCUGCCAAGAAAUCCACCACCAUACUUGUCAGAGGCCUUCGUAAAGGUCGGUUCUGGAUCACGCCUGACCCGUACCACAACGACGACAACAUCCAGAUCGGCCGGGAGGUGAAGAUCAGCUGCCAGGUGGAGGCCACGCCGCCCGAGGAGCUGCAGUUCAGCUGGCUGAAGAACGGCCGGCCGCUGAGGAGCUCGGAGCGGAUGGUGAUCACCCACACCGACGCCGACGUCUCGCCGGGAACCACCAACCUCGACAUCAUCGACCUCAAGUUCACCGACUUCGGCACUUACACCUGCGUGGCGUCGCUGAGGAACGGAGGGACCCCCGAGAUCAGCAUCGACGUCAACAUCUCAUCCACCACAGUUCCUCCGGAGCUCACCGUCCCCAGGGGGCGCUCUCACCUCAUCGCUCAGGAGGGCGACACUGUGGACCUGCAGUGUCUGGUCUCAGGGAAACCCAAACCCAUCAUCCUGUGGUCCCGGGUGGAGGAGAGCGGGGGGGCGGCGGCGGUGGCGGCGGCGGCUCUGAUGCCGGACGGCUCGGCUGAGACGGAGAGCUACGACGGCGUCCUGAGGAUCAGCAACGUGACGAGAGAGAUGAGCGGGACGUACCGCUGCCAGACGAGCCAAUACAACGGCUUCAACGUGAAACCCAGGGAGGCGCUGAUCCAGCUGGUGGUGCAGUGUGGGUAA